AUGACCCCAGCCAUGCACCUCGCCCUCUUGGUCUUGCUGCUCAGCGCCUGUCUCCCCAAGUUUGCAGUGGAAGGCGUCGGGAGCGAGGCGCUGACCAGGAGGAUGUGCGUGCAGUUCAGCAGCAAGCCCUUGUCCGGCGCCCGCAUUCGCACCUACACCAUCGAGGAGGGGCCCCUGAGGGCCGUCAUAUUUGUCAGCAAAAGGGGCUUCAAGUUCUGUGCAGACCCCGAGGAAGGGUGGGUGAAGCAGGCCAUGAGGACCGUGGACAGCAGGACCCGCAUCGUGUCCCAGACGGGGUCCGUGGGGACCCAGCAGCCCACCGACACCGCCGGGACCACGGCCGCCUAG